UCGGAAGUGUAGUACGCCUUCGUGAGAAAGAAUGCCGAAAAUCAACCCCAAAUUUCAGCAUCGACCGAAUACUGCAAGCUUGAAAUAAAAUUUCUGUACUGAUAUGAGUAGUCAGUCACCAUCUCUCCCAGCCUGUGGGAGUUCGAAUCCUGGCCAAGCCAGCACCCCAACCACACCAGUCAACAGCAGUGCUGAGGGCAAGCCAAACAGCAAAAGCCCAGCAGCCCGAUCAGCAGAGAAACCCAGUAACCCAAAGGUCGUAGUUCAGCCAGUCAAUCCUCCAAUGAGUAUUUCUCUGCCUGUGGAUGCACCGCAAUCGAUGUUCACUAUUACGCAACAGAAGCACAUGUUGGAGACGGCCAAGGUUCCUGCAGCAGCCUCUGUCGCUCCAAUUAUUGUUUGCAAAGCAUCUCCAACAAUCCCAAGACCUGCCAUCUCAAAGACGGUGUCUGCAGCCCACCCUCAGUCCACUAAUGCCCAAGUUACCAUUGCUGGCUACCCAGUAGCUGGCACCCAGUCGGUUGCCAGCACACACCCAGUACCCGGAACCUAUGUUGUACAAAGUACCCCCACAGUAGUAUCUAGUACCCACCUAUUACCCACCUCAUACCCCGUACCCAGUGCCCAACUGGUACCCAGUUCACAGGUGCGUCUGCCUAGCUCUGCACCCAGUGGUACCCUUGCCGUGGAGAGCCAAAAGCUAAAGGUGACUGGUUCAACCACACAGGUAGCCACUAGUGGUACCCAACCGGGUGCAGUAGGGGGGCAGGCAGGGCACCCGAUGCCACAGUAUGUCAGGACGUUACCCAUGCCGCAUGGAAUGAUCCCAGGUGCCCAUGUAGCUCAGGGGCAGGUGCAACAACACGUGUUUCCGUCACAUUUGCCACGAGGAGCAGUGGCUGCAGCUGCCAUGUCGGCACCUAAAAGUGGCUUGACGACGGCCAUCUUAAGGACCACCAGUCCCGUAGCUCAGAGUCAGUUUCCAGGAACGACCACAUCACUCACUUCCUCUGCCAUCCAGUCAACGUUGCUGGCUGGCCAACAAAUGCAGCGCUACCAUCACCCUUCUUCCCAGGUGCACCUCCCAGCCCAGCUGCAAAUGCCCGGUAAAGGUCACUCCCCGGUGGGUCUUGCAGGAGUAGGGACAGGUCUGCCAGGGGUAGGUACAGCACCCACAGGACCCCCAGGUAUCACCAGGGCAAGCUCCCCAGCAGCUGCUACGAGCCUGCCCUCACACCUUAGCAGCAGUACGGAGGCUCACAGGGUAAUUCCUCAUUCAUCCCUGCCCCAGUCACACCCUCAAAGUGCUGCCCAUCCCUUCCGACCGGACAUCAAACAGCUCUCCAAAACGGACAAGAAAUUGGACGGCAAAGCCGACCCCAAAUCAUCGGAGCCCAUCAAACGGAUGGAGACCAAGAUCGAAGUGAGGUCAGAGGUGAAGGUUGACCCUCGGGGUGAGGUCAAGAUGAUUGACCCCAGGUCAAAUUAUAGCUGGGUACCGAUGGCGCAGCACGGUAAUCCGAAGUUGCAGCUGAGCGGAACCAAGUACAUCUCUCAGGGGAUGGGUUUGCAGAGAAUGAGCCACCCUCAGGUGCAGGUCUGCCAUAGCGGAGGGAACAAUGUCUCUAGUAGUCUAGUCACUGCCACAACGUUAUCGCACCACACGGUACCCUCGCAGAGUAUUAUCCACAGCAGUAUCCGCACCUCUGCAAUCACAGUAACGACUCUGAGCACCCAAUCCCAGUCUGUCACUACAACUUCAAUUCCAGUUGCCAAAGUGUACCCCCGUCAGCAGAUGACUCACUCUGCCAGACCCAGCGCUGCCUACGUCUCCGAGACCUACAUGACGACUCAUAGAAACUCACCCAAUGCCUCUGUAGCUACGACGGUGAAUGCGUUACCACCGGCAGCGUCAAUGAGUGAUGGACGGGGUGAGAGACCUCCACAUCCAGGUGCCGUGGCGCAUAGCGGCCACUAUCCAUCUCAAAUGCCUGCGUUCUACUAUGAUCCUAUGACAAAUUACAGAAUGUAUAAUAAUCCAGCACAUAAUUUCCCGAUGUCAGCAGCCGGUGUUCGCUCAACAUUGGCCGACCCCCACAUAAGGCAUCAGAUGCAUCCAUCACCGCAGCAGAAUAAUUCAGUCGCAGCGGCCGUCGUUGCUGCAGCAGCACACGCCGCCACUGGAGGUGCGCCAGUCCGUAUCAACCCUGUCAGCAUCAUGAUGGAUUCAAGGCGACCGGUGUCGAUGCACAACCCUAUGGGUAUGGGGCCCGCGCUGGAAGGUGGGAAUGUACACACUAGCUCGGCUGCCUCAAUGAACAUACCACAGUCAUCCAGCAGUUCACCGAACCCAAGUGCUUCACCGAGACCAAGUAUUUUAAAGAGGAGAAUCAACGAUAGUGUUUCUAUUAGGAAGCCGGUAUCCUCAGGCAGUCAACCCAGUAGUCCUAGUCCAAAGACUGAACUAACCAGGUCGACAUCAAGCUCACCAAAACACAGUGAUUCAUUAGCGAGUAGUCAACACUCCAUGGACAGCAACACCUCCGAGGCUAGCCUGGACAUCUUACCCUCAUCAAUCAAAGUCAAGCAAGAGCAUGAAAUCCUCCAUUCUGACACCAUUUCCCAGGCUAGCCUGGCCAGAGAUUUGAGUAUGACCAACUCGUCAUCCAUCGUGGAGUGCAGUCCGUCGCCGAGGAAGAAACCUCGCAAACAGCAACAUGUGGUCGCCACAGAGCAUCAUGACAUCUUAGAUGAUCAGUCCACUGAUGAGGAGACGGAGACCAAACCUAAACAUUUCCGCAUCAAGAAAGAGAAGAAAGAGAAGAAGCCAGCAGUCCCUGACCUGGACCAUCUGAACAUCGUACACUUCUUCAGGAGGCCAUGUUUGAGGUUAAUCGAUGCUUACAGGCAAUCUUGGAAACCAACACAUAACCACUUUGAGAGGUACACGGAUGUCAGACAGAAGGAAGAGAAGAAGUCAAACAUUCAUGAGAUUGCGAACCAACGAGGAAUCGUCAAGAAGACGGACGGCUGGAAGGUCAGGCAUAUCACCUACCAGUUUGAGGACUUGAACGGUUUAGAGAUGGACGUUUUUAACCAAAUGAAGGACAUCAAGGAAGGAAUGUCAAAUUGGCAAACCCCUGGGAAGGAGAGUGACACAUCAAAGAUUUAUGAACUCAUUCAGGGCAACAUCCAGAGGAGUCAGUACGUGAUGGAGCAUCUUGAAGAAGCCAAGACCACAAUGCUGAAACUCCUUGAACAUAAACCCAAGGUGAUGGGGAUUAUCAAGACGCACGCCAACAAACGACACGCUAAGAAGAAGCAUAGCCCGUAAGAGGACCAAAGACCCCAUUCUGCUUUUGAAAAAGCAAAGUCGCAUUAAACAGACUCCAUCCGAGUUGGAUGGACAACUGUCAACAGGACCACGACUGAGACCCCAUUCUGCUUUUGAAAAAGCAAAGUCGCAUAACAGACUCCAUCCGAGUUGGACAGACAACUGUCAACAGGACCACGACCAAGACCCCAUUCUGCUUUUGAAGAAGCAAAGUCGCUAACAGACUCCAUCCGAGUUGGAUAGACAACUGUCAACAGGACCACGACCAAGACCCCAUUCUGCUUUUGAAAAAGCAAAGUCGCUAACAGACUCCAUCCGGGUUUGAUGGAAAACUGUCAAUAGGACCAAUGCCAAGUUAUUUCUAAGAGCAUGGUUAACUAAAGGUUGGCUAUUUUUACUCAAACCCAGUUUGGUCCACCAUUGGUUGACUACUUUGGUCGACCAUUUGGAACCAGCCUCGAGACCAUGGUUUCUUCACUGGUACCAAUAGCCUGUUCCUUGCUAAUAUGUGUGAGGCGCAGAGGGGAACCAGUGACACUAAAAGGAAAGGCAACUGAGUGUUUAGUAUCGAUGGUACCGAGACUUCCAAACGAGUCGUUGCCUCACAGUGCCUCACUACGUAUGUAGGUUGCUGGUCAGUAGUUGACUAGAAUGCGCACUUGAACUUGCUCCAAGUCACUUGUGAACAGCAACUUUGGGUCAAUCUUCAAGAAGUAUAUUCUAAUAGUCCAACAGUUGCGUCAUGGGUGGCUAGUGUGUGAAGUGCUCGCCUCUCACUGUGGUAGUCCUGGUUCGAUUCCUGGCUUGGGCUGGAUGUGAGUAGAGUUGUGCUUGGUUCUCUGCUAUGCCACAAGGGUUAUUCAGGCCUGUAUGCUUCGGUCAAGGGCACCAAAGGCAUUUUCUCCUUGGGGGAAAAAAGCACCCUAUGAGGAAAUU